AUGCCGAAACCACUCAGCCGCUCAGCUGCGCAGCGAGGCAGAGCUAACAAAUUUGUAGAGAAGCCCGCGGCUACGGCUCAGGCGCACACGCCUGGCUGGAACCACGGGUGGCUCGUCGCCGAGCCGCCCCGCGCCGCCGGCUCCUUUCGGUUUCUCCGCGCGCUCGCAGGGAGGGAGCGCGGGUGGGGGCGGCGGGGACACUUGUUGGGCGCAGACCGGCAGGACCCACGGAACUUCUCUGGAAAAGUUCGGCUUCGCCCCGGCCUGGCCGGCGCGCAGGUGUCUUUACCUGCGGUGACAGCCGCGCGGCGCCGGGCUGCGGACCGCCUCGGCGGUGGCUGCCGGCCGCCGCUGCCCGCGCUGCCUUCGAGCCCGGGCGUCCGCUGGCAGGAGAAUGAAUGGUACUACUUCACCGUGCUCUUCGGCCACGAGGGCCAGAAGCCCCUGGAGCUGCGCUGUGAGGAGGAGCAGGACGGGAAGGAGUGGAUGGAGGCCAUCCACCAGGCCAGCUAUGCAGACAUCUUGAUUGAGAGGGAAGUGCUGAUGCAGAAGUACAUUCACCUCGUUCAGAUCGUAGAGACCGAGAAAAUCGCGGCUAACCAACUCCGACAUCAACUUGAAGACCAGGACACGGAGAUCGAGAGGCUCAAGUCAGAGAUUAUCGCUCUGAACAAAACCAAGGAACGGAUGCGCCCUUACCAGAGCAACCAAGAGGACGAGGACCCAGACAUCAAGAAAAUUAAAAAGGUCCAGAGCUUCAUGCGAGGCUGGCUGUGCAGGAGGAAGUGGAAGACCAUCGUGCAGGACUACAUCUGCUCUCCCCACGCCGAGAGCAUGCGCAAGAGAAACCAGAUUGUGUUUGCCAUGGUGGAGGCCGAGUCCGAGUAUGUGCACCAGCUCCACGUGCUGGUCAAUGGCUUCCUGCGCCCCCUGCGCAUGGCCGCCAGCUCCAAGAAGCCGCCCAUCAGCCACGACGAUGUCAGUAGCAUUUUCCUCAACAGUGAGACAAUCAUGUUUCUCCAUGAAAUAUUUCAUCAAGGACUCAAGGCGCGGAUAGCGAACUGGCCUACUUUGAUUUUAGCUGAUCUGUUUGAUAUCUUGCUGCCCAUGCUGAACAUUUACCAAGAAUUUGUGCGGAAUCACCAGUACAGCCUCCAGGUGCUUGCCAACUGCAAGCAAAACAGAGACUUUGACAAGCUCUUAAAGCAGUAUGAAGCCAACCCUGCCUGCGAGGGGAGGAUGCUGGAGACGUUCCUGACGUACCCGAUGUUUCAGAUCCCCAGGUACAUCAUCACGCUGCACGAGCUCCUGGCCCACACGCCCCAUGAACACGUGGAGAGGAAAAGUCUACAGUUUGCUAAAUCGAAACUGGAGGAGCUGUCCAGGGUGAUGCACGACGAAGUCAGUGACACUGAGAACAUACGGAAGAACCUCGCCAUCGAGCGGAUGAUCGUGGAGGGCUGCGACAUCCUGCUGGACACCAGCCAGACCUUCAUCCGCCAGGGUUCUCUUAUUCAAGUACCUUCCGUUGAGAGAGGGAAACUUAGUAAAGUUCGCCUGGGUUCACUGUCUUUGAAAAAGGAAGGAGAGAGACAGUGCUUCCUAUUUACAAAACACUUUUUAAUUUGUACGAGAAGCUCAGGAGGAAAGCUGCACCUGCUGAAGACAGGUGGGGUUCUCUCGCUCAUAGAGUGCACGCUGAUCGAGGAGCCAGACGCAAGCGAUGAUGACUGUGAGCCACUUUCUGUCACCAACUGUCAGGCCAAAGGUUCUGGGCACAUGUUUGGACACCUGGACUUUAAGAUAGUAGUGGAACCUCCCCAUGCUGCACCCUUCACUGUGGUCCUGUUGGCACCUUCACGCCAAGAGAAGGCAGCCUGGAUGAGUGACAUCAGCCAGUGUGUGGACAAUAUACGAUGCAAUGGCUUAAUGACUAUAGUCUUUGAAGAGAACUCCAAAGUCACGGUGCCACAUAUGAUAAAGUCUGACGCCCGGCUGCACAAGGACGACGCGGACAUCUGCUUCAGCAAGACCCUCAACUCCUGCAAGGUGCCGCAGAUCCGCUGCGCCAGCGUGGAGCGCCUGCUCGAGCGCCUCACCGACCUGCGCUUCCUGAGCAUCGACUUCCUCAACACCUUCCUGCACACCUACCGCCUCUUCACCACGGCCGCAGUGGUGCUGGCCAAGCUGGCCGACAUCUACCGGCGGCCCUUCACCUCCAUCCCCGUCAGGUCCCUGGAGCUGUUCUUCGCCUGCAGCUCAGGCCGCGCCGAGCCCUCCGCGGACACACGGUCCCCCAGGCUGAGCCGCAAGUUCUCUUCGCCUCCGCCGACCGCAUCCAGGACCGCCUCGCCCGUGCCCACCCGGAAGCUGUCCCUGAGCUCACCCGCCAGCGCCAGGACCGGCCCGCUGGACCUGACCACGGCCUCGGUGUCCGGCAGCCCACCCGCCGCACACAGCCCCACCGCCUCCCCACCACCGCACCCGGCUGCCCUGGAGUCGACACCCGCAGAGCGAGCAGGCGCGGAAAGCAGCCCGGCGGUGGAUGCCACGGAGCUGUCCCCGUGCAGGUCCCCCUCGACGCCCCGGCACCUCCGCUACCGGCAGCCCGGAGGACAGACGGCAGACAGCACCCACUGCUCCGUUUCGCCGGCUUCUGCCUUUGCGAUUGCCACAGCUGCAGCAGGACACGGGGGUUCCCCGGGAUUCAACAACACAGAGAGAAUGUGUGACAAAGAGUUCAUCAUACGCAGGACAGCCACCAAUCGGGUCCUGAACGUCCUCCGCCACUGGGUCUCAAAGCACGCACAGGAUUUUGAACUCAACAAUGAGCUAAAGAUGAAUGUGCUAAACCUGCUAGAAGAAGUUUUACGAGACCCAGACCUGCUUCCCCAGGAGAGGAAAGCCACGGCGAACAUCCUGAGGGCGCUGUCCCAAGAGGAUCAGGAUGACAUCCACCUGCAGUUAGAGGACAUCAUUCAGACGACUGACUGUCCGAAGGCCGAGUGCUUCGAGAGCUUGUCUGCCAUGGAGCUGGCAGAGCAGAUCACGCUGCUGGACCACAUCGUCUUCAGAAGCAUCCCCUACGAGGAGUUUCUGGGGCAGGGAUGGAUGAAGCCGGACAAGAGUGAGAGGACUCCAUUCAUCAUGAAGACCAGCCGGCACUUCAACGACAUGAGUAACCUGGUGGCCUCCCAGAUCAUGAACUACGCUGACGUCAGCUCCCGCGCCAACGCCAUUGAGAAGUGGGUGGCAGUGGCAGACAUUUGCCGAUGCCUGCACAACUACAACGGCGUGCUAGAGAUCACCUCAGCCUUAAACAGAAGUGCCAUCUAUAGGCUGAAGAAAACCUGGGCCAAAGUGUCCAAGCAGACAAAAGCUCUGAUGGACAAACUUCAGAAGACUGUUUCAUCCGAAGGAAGAUUUAAAAAUCUCAGAGAAACCCUUAAAAAUUGUAACCCCCCGGCAGUUCCUUAUCUCGGGAUGUACUUGACAGACCUGGCGUUUAUUGAAGAGGGAACACCAAACUUCACUGAAGAAGGCCUUGUCAACUUCUCCAAAAUGAGGAUGAUAUCACACAUCAUCCGAGAGAUACGCCAGUUCCAGCAGACGUCCUACCGCAUAGACCAUCAGCCGAAGGUCACACAGUACUUGCUUGAUAAAGCCCUCAUCAUUGAUGAAGAUACGCUCUAUGAGCUCUCACUAAAGAUUGAACCUCGACUCCCUGCUUGAAGACCUGGCCCUUCCCCAAGAUCUUGGUGUUGCCCCCACGGAUAGUGGGACAGAUGGGAUCGUGCAUGCCACCUGUCACACCGUGCACAGGGGACAGGGAGAUGAAGCCAGGCUCCUCUCUCCAGCAAAGAAGAUGGAACCAGACUGAAUUCUGUCUGAGCCAGAGCAAAACCCAGCUGUGUGGGUCAAAGACAGGCACUUCCACCUUGGAUGGGAAGGGACAAAGGUCGGCGCAAAUACAGCACAUUUUACUUAUGGGAGAGUGAGAGGAGGAUGUUGUACAUAAGAAGGUAGAUUUCCCUCUGUCCCACGUUCGGUGAGGACUUGGGGUCAAGGACCCACAGAACACACCUGAUGGCACUUGACUGGCCAGAAUGCACCCGCGAUCUCCUAGGAUUUAACUGCUUCUGUUCCCCGUGGUCAUAAGCACCCUCCCUGGUGCCAGCACACCACAGUGUCCAUGUGUAGCAUGUGCAUGGUGAAUUGUCACGUCGGAGGAGUAGUGUGACCCGACAGCAGGACAAGAAAGAAAUCGUGAGACCCAAGUGCAUUUGUUGGCAGCAUUUCCUUAAAAGAAGCAGAGGGCCCCAGCCAGGGGGUCUCUUGGAGUGUGUGAGGGGACCGCUUUCUGAGACUGGCGACCCCGAGAAGCCACCUCCUCAGACAGGUUUGCAGGCGGCUGCACCGCCCCUCACGGACAGAACUAAAGACGAUGGAGGCCACGAAGCACUAUGGCAAGAAAGGGCUUCCUGCUCUGUGACAAUACACAGCAAAAAGCACCUCUGCACCCUGCUUGGCUUGAUUCUUUCCCCCGAAGUCCUGUGGGGCUCUUUCUGGUGACACAUAGGCUUGCUACAAACAUUGGUGGUGUUUUUAAAAAGCCGUCUUGUGGGAUUUUCUUUUGAAAAUCCAUGCUGCUGUAUGCUGCUGGUAGACAGCUCCGCCCCCCUGUGAAAAUGCUUUUAGAUCAUUCCAGUGUCAGCGCAGGGGAAGCGGAUCCCCCACCCACGGUUCUGCCAGCAGAAAACAGGGCCUGGUCUUGCUACCAGGGGCUGAGGAGGGAGCUCGCUUUCCUCAAGACGGCAGCAUGGAGGAAAUAGGGCUGUCUCCCAGUUUACCUCCCUCCUCUUUUCUCAGGGUGACUGCUGCUGCCAUGCAGAAGAGAAAACUGUAUCACAUUGUACCCCUGGAGCCCACUGAACCUGACCCUUUCUUUUAGAGGCAUGAAGCUUACUGAUGCUGACAAUGAAGACUCCAUCUGUCUGGCUAUUUUUGCUCUUUCUGUGCACUUCAGUUAUGUGGUUCACAGCUGGCUAAUAAAUCCUCCCGGCUGGCUCUUAGGGCCCACUGGCAGAGUUGGUCAGAUAACAUACCAUGGAAGCAGAGCAGGCAGCUUUCUGCACGGCCAGGGCUGUUGGACAGAAUCCGAUAGUGAAGCAGCAACUAAGUAGAAGAAAUCAUCAUCCGCAAAGACCACCCCAAAAAUCUUUUCCAUAGCUCAUAACAGCAGAGCAUUGAGCCUGAGGAGGCUUCCUUAUGGAUGCUCUAUUUUUCUUUUUUAAAGAAUGUUGCUUGUUCGUUCUCUUUAGUUUUAAGUAAGAGGCUGACCUAUCUCCAUGCAUGAAGGGCAGCAUGGGCUCUUGGAUUCUAAUGCUCAUCUUCCUGGCUUAUUCCUCUGCUCAGAAGCUGAGGGCUUGAAAUAACGUGUGUCGAUGGCACCACACACCUCCAGGUCUUGCCAAAGAGGAGGAAAGUACAGGUGAGCUCUCUUGGCUCCAGAAUACAGCCUUGGAAGGUGGGCUAGAAGCAGGACCCAUCCAGGAGAGGACCAGGCACUUCCUAGUUCGGGUGAAGCCAUCCUCUCUGCUGUGGCGUCCUGUGGCCCUCCAGAUGGAAGAUGUGACUCUGUCCACUUUCCUUGGAGGUUUGGACUCUUAUUCCUCUGACCCAAAUGUCCCAGAGGCAUUGCAGCCAGCUUCUUAAGAAAAAGUAACAGAUGGAGAAAUUUCCAGUCCUUCUCCCCUUCUGGAGCGCAGCUCUUCCCACUAGGGAGAAAGCCUUGGAGCCUAUUCCUGUAGAGUGUAGGACGCGCCCCCGAGUGGUCAUCCGUGGGCACUGCUAAUUGUUGUGCUGACUUGGAACAUCCAGCGGUUUCCAGGUCACUGCUUCUGCUUCCCACAGCUGAAGUACGGAGAACUCCACUUCCCAGGGAGUCCCCCGAUGGUCUGCACCACUGUGGGCCAGCUGAGAGUUAGCAAACAAAUAAACUCAAUUUCCUCACAUUGGAAACCCCCAGAGCAAUGUGUGUGUCUCUUCUGAUGUUAAAGUCCGUGUCCAGUUCUCAUUCCAGCGGUGCGUGUCUGCCGGGACACGAGCGCGUGCGCACGGCUCUGUCUACUCAGAUUCCAUUCUGGGAGACCAUUUCUAAGAGUGAGCAGAGGUCAGCCUCUAACAGCCAGGGAGUGAGCCUGGGUUCAGAAGUAAAAUCCAACUUCAUGCUUUCACGUGAAUACCCCCAUUUUGUACUGUCAGUGGAUCACCUGGACGGUUUGAGGGGAUGUCUUGGGUUCUGAAUGAAGACAUCCGGUUUUACCGUAAGGACAGAUCUUUGCCUAAGCCGGUAUUCUAUUUGACAGAUUCAGGCAGGAAGCAGAAGGUCAUGUUUCCUUCAGUGUUCCCGCUGAAGGAAGUAAAGCGGGAAUGUUGAACCUGCUGCAGCAGUGCUGAGAAGGGGCUCCCACACAGACCCAGCAGCUGUCUGCUCAGUUUCAGUGCACCUGAAAGUAUUCCUUAUGAACAAGUGAAGGUUGUGGAUACUGGUUACCUCAGAAGCACAAAACCCUGCGUGUGCCCAUGUGGAACGAUGGGGCUGCCUCUGCUGUCCCAUUAUGUGGUGGGACAGGAUCUCUGGCCAGCCAGGGGGCAACCUUGAAACUCUUAACCAAAAAGGGUUGCAAGAGAGAGGCUACCCACAGUGCAGUUAACUUGAGUUAAGAGCAAACCAUGUUAUUGUAGUGUUUCCUUUCAAAGUCUGGUCUUAUUUCCCCUGAAAGAGUCUCUUCAUUUUGAAGUGUAAGGUUUCUUUUAUCCAAAGGGCAAAAAAAUUUUUUUACUACUAUUGGAAUGGGAAAAAGGUAACAUUCUAUUUAUGUCAGGCUGAUAUGCAUAGUGAAAAAUCAGUGAAUGACAGUCAUGUUAUAAAUGAGUUUGUAAGGUUCAGUAAGGGCUGGAUAUCGACACCACUGACCCUUGGUGAUGUAAAAUUAAUGCACAGCAGGUGAAAGCGGAAAAUAGUCUGUUGCCGGAAGUAUAAACACAAGCAAUCAGAAAAGCGUUCAUCUCAGCUGCCUCUCAGGAUUACGGUAAUAAAGGAUCCCAGGGUUAACCGCCCCUGGUCUCAUCUGCUUGAAUAAUUGGAUGUGAUGAUGUCAAAGCUGUGUGUUUUCCAUUCUCAUUUAGCGUUUGUCCAGAAAACUGCUACAAGAGUAGAGAACUGGGCACCUGUAAAUUGGGUCCUAGCCUGGAUUCACACCCAUGAGCUGGGCAGCGUUAGGCCAGUCUCUCUACCUUUCUGAGCCUCAGCGUUGUCAUUUGCAAAAAGGGGUUGAGAGUAAUUGCUGUGCUGCUACCUCACAGGGUGCUGUGGACUGUAAACUGUAACAUGCUGUCUGCGCGGGAGGUCACCUCGUGUCAUCCUCGGCUCUCCUUGGCAGAGCAGUUGAACAGAAUUCUUUAUUAUUCGUGUGUGUGUGUAUGUGUGUGCGUAUGAAGCAUACCGUUUGCGUCCAGUUGCUUGAAGAAGAUCUGCGACAUCUGCAAUUCUAACCGAGGGGUUUGUGCUGUGUCGGGCACUUGCAGGUGGAGGUGACGCCUAUAUGCAAAAUAAACUUGGCCUUUUUGGAUGCUUGGA